AUGACCCGCGGCUUCCCUCCCAGCCUGCCCAGCGAGUUCCACAAGAUGGGCUCCUUCCGCAGGCCCAGACCGCGCUUCAUGAGCUCCCCAGUGCUCAGCGAUCUGCCUCGAUUCCAGGCCACCCGGCAGGCUCUGCAGCUGGGCUCCAACUCAGCCUGGAACAGCGUCCAGACGGCUGUGAUCAACGUGUUCAAAGGGGGAGGCUUACAAAGCAACGAGCUCUAUGCACUGAAUGAAAACAUCAGGCGGCUGCUGAAGAGUGAACUUGGAUCGUUCAUUACAGACUAUUUCCAGAACCAGCUUCUUGCAAAAGGACUGUUCUUUGUGGAAGAGAAGAUUAAGCUGUGUGAAGGCAAAAAUGAAAUCCUGAUUCUUGCUACAGUGUGGAACUUUGGCUUCACAAUCUCUCACCUCCCAACCCUCCCACUUCUCCCCUUCCAGGGCCAGGAGCUGACCAUCCGCCAGAUCUCCCUGCUGGGCUUCCGAGAUCUAGUCCUGCUGAAGGUGAGGCUGGGUGAUUUGCUGCCACUGGUCCAGUCCAGGCUACCCUCAUCCAUUGUCCAGAUGCUACUCAUCCUGCAGAGUGUUCAUGAGCCCACAGGCCCAAGUGAGAGUUAUUUGCAGCUGGAGGAGCUGGUGAAGCAAGUGGUUUCUCCUUUCCUUGGCCUCAGCGAGGACCGUGGCUUCUCAGGCCUCACAUACACGCUAGCCAGGCGGCACUCCAGGGUCCGGCCCAAAGUGACUCUUCUGAACUAUGGCUCCCCAAUGACCACAGUCAGCCGGCCACUGAAUGAGAUGACACUGACCCCACUGACAGAGCAAGAAGGGGAGGCCUACCUAGAGAAGUGCGGCAGUGUUCGGCGGCACACGGUGGCCAACGCCCACUCGGACAUCCAGCUGCUGGCCAUGGCCACCAUGAUGCACUCAGGCUUAGGUGAGGAGGCCGGCAGUGAGGACAAGUGCCUGCUCCUGCCACCCAGCUUCUCCCCACCUCACCGGCAGUGCUCCAGUGAGCCCAACAUCACCGACGGCCCUGAUGAACUGGAGGAGGUGGCGGGGACCAGCCAGGAGGAAGAUGAGCUGAACUGUGCUUCCCUCGGCUGA